CACAUUCAUUUCAUUCGUCUGGAGUGCAGAAGCAUAACAUAACAAAUGGCUGAACAAACCACCACCACAACCAUCGAUUUGCCAUUAAAGAGGCCAAGGGAAGGAGAAGAAAACGGCGCCGUUUCGCAUGAAACCAGUGCUCACAUAUCGUCCGGAUGGUUUUCCGAAAUUAGCCCAAUGUGGCCUGGAGAAGCGCACUCUUUGAAGGUGGAGAAAGUGUUGUUUCAGGGCAAGUCUGAUUACCAGAAUGUCAUGGUAUUUCAGUCUGAAACAUACGGGAAGGUUCUUGUUUUGGAUGGUGUAAUUCAACUUACCGAGAGAGAUGAAUGCGCGUAUCAAGAGAUGAUUACUCAUCUUCCUCUUUGUUCAAUUCCGAAUCCUAAAAAGGUUUUGGUUGUUGGAGGUGGAGAUGGUGGCGUCUUGCGUGAAGUAGCUCGCCAUUCUUCUGUUGAGCACAUUGAUAUUUGUGAGAUCGAUAAGAUGGUCGUUGAUGUUUCUAAGGAGUUUUUUCCUGAUGUAGCUGUUGGGUACGAUGAUCCGCGUGUCAACCUCCACAUUGGCGAUGGAGUUGCAUUCUUGAAGGCUGCUCCUGAAGGAAGUUAUGAUGCGGUUAUAGUCGAUUCUUCUGAUCCCAUUGGUCCCGCACAAGAGCUUUUCGAGAAGCCUUUUUUCGAGUCUGUUGCAAAGGCGCUUCGGCCCGGUGGUGUUGUGUGCACACAGGCCGAGAGCAUAUGGCUUCAUAUGCACAUAAUUGAAGACAUUGUUGCAAAUUGCCGCCAGGUGUUUAAAGGGUCAGUCAGUUACGCAUGGACAACUGUUCCUACAUAUCCUAGCGGUGUUAUUGGAUUCAUGUUGUGUUCGACUGAGGGACCCGAGGUUAAUUUCAAGCACCCAAUCAACCCAAUAGAUGAAAACGAUAACGGAUGCAAAUCUGUAGGACCGUUGAAGUUCUACAACAAAGAGAUUCACACGGCUGCUUUCUGUUUGCCGUCUUUCGCGAAGAAAGUGAUCGAAGCAAAGGCAACAAAGUGAAGGCGGUAGAUUGCAAGGCGAGAAUAGGUGUUUUAUGGUUUCGGAUACGUCUUCCAAAUGUGUUUGAAGCCUUACCUUGUUACAGGAUAGUUUGAGGGUUCUGUUUUUGUUGACUAUCUUAUAUUCAGUCAGUAAUGUAUGGACUUUUGAUUUCUGCUUAGUUUGUGCUCGUGUAUAUAAUUUACUCGGUAAGAUCAUUUGGGUUUUUGGGCCAAUAUUGGUUCUGGGCUACAGAAGGAAGAAUCUUUUGAUUUGGUUUUAUAUGAAUAGUAGUUUUUUAAUAAGAUAAACAAUGCAAGUUGUUAUUA